AUGACUUGGACUCCUUCCGGACCGCAAGCAUCGCUUGACCUCACUCACGUCCUCUACGACGAUGACUCUUACUUCUCUUUGGCGUUGGCCCUCCUAACACUUUCGCCGAUCUUGCUUAUGCCAGCCUAUGCUGCUCUUGCUGUUCAGACGCGUGAAUAUGUCAUCAUAAUAAUGUGGGCGGGGCAACUAAUCGGCGAGGUACUCAACCUUGUCAUCAAGCAUACUGUGAAGCAAGCGCGCCCUUCAUAUAGCGCUGCCAAUGGGUAUGGGUUUCCUUCCAGCCACAGCCAAUACAUGGGUUAUUUCGCAACGUACCUGGUUUUACACCUCUACUGUCGCCAUCGAUUCGCGUCAAGUGGCUACAAGCUAUUGGAUGGAGCUUGGAGGCUUGCGCUUUACGCUGCUAUUAUAUCUUGGGCUGGCGUAGUAGCUUAUUCUCGGUACUAUCUUCGGUACCACAGCCCGUCGCAGAUUUGGUGGGGCUUGGGCAUCGGAACGGGAUUAGGGGCGGCUACCUAUACGUUUGCCGAACUUCUCCCUCGGAAACGUCCGCACUCGGCGCUCGCAAAGCUAAAAACCUGGCUUGUGCGAAAUCCAGUCUCCAACUGGUUGCAAAUUCGCGAUGGAUGGGAUGUAUGGGCUGAUGGUGGCAGGGAGACAGAAUGGCUACGAUGGAGGGACGAGUGGGAACGGCGUCGAGUAGAAAAAUCGAAAUAG